AUGAUGAAAUAUUUUGAAGCAGAAUAUAACAUGAGGCAAACAGUUUAUAGUUAUUUCUUUGACUGGAGUUCCGUCUAAUGGACUUCAGUAAUGUUACCAUGGUCAGUAGUCUUUGAUUGUUUUCUAGAUGCGAUAUUUAAAACGUAUUUAUUCGGGCAAGAAGAUUGUUUUUUUACACUUGAUAUCGGAACCCUGUACACAAGGAGAACUGGAGUAAUAUAUAGUGGAGAGUGGAGAUGCAAACAAAGCAAACAGCGCGGAAACACCAACACACAGUUGUCCAGAACAACUAUCACCUCAACCUCCGAUCCCGAUCAAUUCGCCCCUGUUCGAAGGAGAGCUGUCCCGGUUGAAUCCCAGCCUCUUCUACCUAUUCCCGCCCACGAUGCGUCUUACGAUAUUGGUCAUUGGCUUCCUGGCCGCCUUCGUGUCGAAUGUGACGGCCACCGCGCUGACCUACAAACUCGAGGCCAACGAGAAGGCCUGCUUCCACUCCUAUGUCGACCACGCGAAUUCGAAGGUCGCCUUUUACUUUGCGGUCCAAUCCGGCGGUUCCUUCGAUGUCGACUACUCAGUAAUCGCCCCUGGCGAAAAGGUCGUUUUGGAUGGCACCAAGGAGCGACAGGGAGACUUUGUGUUUACGGCGCAGAGCGUCGGGGAGUACCGGUUCUGCUUCAACAAUGAGAUGUCUACGUUUGCGGAGAAGAUGGUGGACUUUGAGAUUGCGGUUGAGAACGAAGAACGCGCUCAACUUCCCUCCCGACAAGGUAGCACUAGCCCCGAACAGGCAUCUGCUCUCGAAGAGUCGAUUUUCAAGCUUUCCGCGCAAUUGUCGACCAUCUCGCGGAACCAAAAGUACUUCCGGACCCGCGAGAACCGCAACUUCAGUACCGUGCGUAGCACGGAGCGCCGGAUUUUCAAUUUUAGUGUCGUUGAGGGGUUGAUGAUGGUGUCUAUGGCUGGAUUGCAGGUGUUUGUGGUGAGGUUUUUCUUCCAGGGGGCUAGAAAAGGUACGUGUUAUCGGCAUUUUGUUGGAAGAAUACCCGGUCUAGGUGGAAGGGGACAUGACGUUUCUUUCCUGACUUCGGUUUCCCAGUGA